AUGGCAGCCAGGCGGAAGCCCCAGCUGCAGGAGCCGCUGAAGCUGCCCGCCUUCACGCGGGUAACCUCCACGGGCACCGUGCUGAGCCACGUGGGCUGCACCAUCCUGGGCAUGAACACGGUGCAGCUGUACAUGAAGGGCCCCACGUAUGAGAACCGAGGGUCCAGGGUCCAGGGACCCCAAACUCCCCCUGAGGAGGUGACUGGGGAAGAAUUCAUGGACGCCCAGAACCCGGAGGAGGCCUUCGCGGAGCUGGAGAGGGUUCUGGAGAAAGACGCGGAGGAGGGCGUGCCUGAGAUGAGCCGGCUGUCCACCUCCCAGAGGACCCCUGGCACCUCCGUGGGCUGGGAGAGGAGGAAGAAGAGGCGGCUGUUGGAGUUGGUGAAACCCAAGACCAACUGGCAAGUCUUGAAAGACAGGAUGGGGUGCUGCUGCAGGGGCUACGCCUAGAUCUCCCCCCACAUGAGGAACCUGCAGUUCUGUGUCUACUGGCCAUCUGUGUACUGGACAGAGAGGUUUCUUGAGGAUACCACCCUCACCAUCACGGUGCCCAAGGUGUCCCGCCGGUUGGCGGAGCUGGCCCGACCUAAGAGGUUCUACUCAGAGUAUUACAACAACAACAGGACCACCCCCAUCUGGCCCAUUCCCCGGUCCACCCUGGAGUACCAAGCGUCCGACCGCCUGCGGGAACUGGCCACCCCGAAGGUCCGGAGUAACAUCUGGAGUAUACACAUGUCUGAGGUGUCCCAAGUGUCCAGGGCAGCCCGGAUGGCCACCCCCAGUCUGAGGAUCAUCCAGCUGGCAAAGCCCAGGGCUCCAGCCGCCCUGCGGGAAGAGUGGGACCCCAUGCCAAAACCCAAGCCACACGUGUCAGACUAUAACCGUCUCCUUCACCUGGCCAUGCCCAAGCCCCAGUCGGACAAGUGUGUUUCUGACCGAGACCCACGCUGGGAGGUGCUGGAGGCCACCAAGAAGGCGGUGGCCAGUCCCCGCAUCGUCUCCCUGGCCAAACCCAAAGUGCGGAGGGACCUGAGCGAGGACUACGACCUGCGUCCCCUCGCCUGCACGAGCUUGCCACCCCCAAGAGCAUCACCAAAAAAGCAUGAGCAGCCCAGCCGCAUCCUGGGCGCCCACAGCCCCUCAAACUCAGUGACCUCCGUAAGAAACCAGCUGAUGCCUGCUGCGUGA